UGACAGCUGUAGACGUUCUUCAAUUUAUUUAUCCGUUCAUUCUCUUCAUUUUCUACUUGGCAGUCGCAAGACAAUCCCAAGUAAAACUGGAGAAACUCAAAAGUUCCAGUUUAUAGGACGGCUUUUCUGUUUUUACAGUACAUGUUGCUGUAACGACUUGGCGCGAAUCAGGACAAUCUCAAAAUGCAGCAACCAGUGAUCGAAGAGGGUAGUGUGGGUUAUGAAACACCAUCGGUGCGGAGCUAUGAUGAUUUGUUCCCAGCCCUGCCUGAAUCCUUUCCUGUAAUAGGACAAAACAGCCAUCCUACACCAGGAUGGCACCAGAGGAACAACAAGAUGAGAGUUGGCUCUUCUAUCAUCACUCAAGUAUUCAGAGUUCCAUUCGAAGAAAGAAAACUUGAUCACAGCCAGAAAUUUGGAGAAGGAGAAUCAGUCCAAACAUGUGGCAACAUCAUGAAGGAUACUGGGGCUCACAUUGAAAUAUCUCACGGCAAAGAUCAGUCUCUAACAUUCUUGGUGACAGGAAAGCCCAACGAAGUGUUGAUGGCACGAAGAAAGAUCUUGGUACACUUCCAAACUCAGGCAAGCAAACAAAUAUCGAUUCCCAAAGAACACCAUGGUUGGAUUCUUGGAAAGAAGGGUGAUCGUUUGAAGGAACUAGAGAAACAAACGGCCACCAAAAUAUCUGUGCCACCCAUGAAUGAUGCCUCAGACAUUAUUACGAUUUCUGGUACCAAAGAAGGUAUUGAGAAAGCUGAACACGAAAUCAGAGUCACAUCUGAUCAGCAAUCCAAGAAAGCUUCUGAACGUAUCGAUAUUCCAAAAAUGUACCAUCCCUUCAUCGCAGGAGCGUUCAACGAAAAUGUCAAUCAGUUGAUUGCCGAAACAGGGGCCAAAAUAAACAUACCGCCCCAAUCUGUAAUGAGAGAUGAAAUUUUCAUUGCUGGAGACAAAGAAGGAGUUGCGGCUGCAGUGGCUAAAGUACAGGCAAUAUAUAGGGAGAUGGAGAAAAAAUGCAACACUGUAAGCGUGGAGGUUCCCAAAGAACAACACAAGUACGUUGUUGGGCAUAAGGGUUCAACCAUCGCUGAGAUUCUUCAGUCUACCGGUGUGAGCGUCGAAAUGCCAACAGGUGACUCGACUACUGGUACAAUUACUCUCAGAGGACCCCAAGAUAAAUUGGGUUUAGCUUUGAGUAAAGUGUAUGAAAAAGCCAAUUCUGUCAAAUCUUGCCAUGUUGACGCUCCCGCUUGGUUGCACAAGUAUAUUAUUGGCAAAAAGGGUCAGACCAUCAAGGAAAUCACCUCAAAUAUGGAAAAAAUCCAUGUCGAAUUCACGCCUGAAGACAAGAUCAGGAUCCAAGGGCUACCUGAAGAAGUUGAAAAAGUACAAGAGCAACUGGAAGUAAUGGCCAAGGAUCUCAUCAAGAAGAUGACUUAUGUAGAGAAGCAGGUGGACACCAAACUUUUCAAGCAUAUCAUUGGAAAGAACGGAACAAACGUGAAUAAGCUCAGGGAGGAGUACAACGUCACGAUCAAUAUCGAUGAGAGCGGACUCAUAAGAAUUGAAGGCAACAAGGAUGAGGUGCAAAGAAUCAACCAGGAACUAGAAGAGAAGAUACAUAAGCUCGAGAAUGAGAAGGAGAAAGAUGUCAUCAUUCCUCAGAGACAUUACAGGAACAUUAUCGGAGUGAAAGGUUCGAACAUCAAGGAUAUCAGGGAUAGAUUCAAUCAAGUCCAAAUCACUUUCCCUGGGCCUGGCGAAAGGAACGAAAUCGUAAAAGUUAGAGGACCAAAGGACGAUGUUGACAAGUGCUGUAGGCAUCUCGAGAAGCUGGUUAAGGAAUUGAACGAAUCCUCAUACCAGAAAGAAGUACCAAUUUUCAAACAAUUCCACAAGUUCAUCAUUGGAAAGGAUGGUGUCAAUAUAAAGAAAAUCCGUGAAGAAACACAAACUAAAAUCGAACUUCCUUCUGAAGGGGACAAAAGUGACUCUAUCAUCAUAACAGGCAGAAAGGAUAAUGUAGAAAAAGCCGCAAAAAUGAUCAACAAAAUCAAGGCAGAGCACGAAUUGUUGGUGCAAGAAGAAAUAACAAUAAAUCCAAAAUUCUACAAUUCCAUCAUUGGUACCGAGGGUACACUCAUCAAGAUGAUACAGAAGGACUGCGGAAACGUUACCAUCAAGUUCCCGUCUCAAGAAUGUAAAAGCGAUAAAGUCACCAUCAGUGGACCCAAGGAAAAUGUUGAACGUGCCAAACAGCAACUGCUUGAAAGAGCAAACGAGCAGAAGGCAUACAGUUUUACUGCUCAAAUUCGUGCCAAACAUGAACACCACAAAUACCUCAUCGGUAAAAAUGGAAGUAAGAUUAGUAAAAUCCGAGAAUCCACAGGAGUCAAUUUCGAGUUCCCUUCGAACACAGCCGAGGAUAGAGAACUUAUCACUAUUGUUGGCAAAGAAGAGGCUGUUGAAGAAGCCAAGAAAGCCCUAUUAGCUUCUAUUAAAGAAUUGGAGGAUUGGGUGCAAAUCACCAUGACAGUAGAUCCAAAACAUCAUAAAUAUUUCGUGGCCCGUAGGGCUGAGAAAUUGAACCAAAUCAGCGACGAAUUCGGGGUACAGAUAUCCUUCCCUCGUUUCGGGGAAUCGGAGGAGCCUGUUACACUUAGAGGUCCUAAGAAUGCUAUGGAUGCCGCUGUUGCGAGAAUCAAUGAAAUAAUCAGAGAUCUGGAGUCGAUGGUAACCAUUCAGUGCAUAAUUCCCCAGAAACACCAUCGUAACGUUAUGGGAGCUAAAGGUCACAAGGUGCAGGGAAUCACUUCCGAAUUCGAUGUUCAAGUCAAGUUUCCCGAUAGGGAUUCUUACGAUCCCAGCCAAAUGAACGGAGACGUUGAUCCUGAAGAAAUUAGACCUUGCGAUAUCAUUACUAUUACAGGCAAAGAAGAAAACUGCCUCAAGGCCAAGCAGGCCCUUUUGGACCUCGUUCCGAUAUCGAUCAAUGUGGACGUUCCUUACGAUCUUCACCGUUCCAUCAUCGGCCAAAAGGGUCGAGGUGUCAAAGAACUCAUGAGCAGGUACACAGUUCACAUCGAACUCUCCCCUCCAGAAGUCAAAGAAGACGUCAUUAAGAUAACUGGAGCUCCUCAGAACGUGGUGGAAGCCAAAGAAGCCCUAUUGGAAAGGGUGAAGGAGUUGGAAGCCGACAGGAAAGACAGAGAGUUGAGGUCCUUCUCUCUGAAGAUGGAAGUUAAUCCUGAAUACCAUCCGAAGAUCAUUGGCACAAAGGGAGUUGUCAUCAACAAGAUCAAGGAAGAACAUGAAGUACAAAUCAAUUUGCCAAGAAAAGGAGACCCAGAAGAACAUAUCAUCACCAUCACCGGCUACCAGCACAAAGCUGAGGCUGCCCGUGAUGCCAUAUUGAAGAUCGUGAGCGACCUGAACGAUAUUUACAAGGAGGAAGUAAACAUCGAUUCUCGCGUUCAUUCUCGCCUCAUUGGCAGCCGUGGUCGGUCCAUCCACAAGAUCAUGGACGAUUACAAGGUCGAGAUCAAGUUCCCCAGGAGCGAUGACGCUAAUCCAAACUUGGUGGUUAUCUCCGGUGACGAAGAUAACGUCGUAGAAGCUCGUGACCAUUUGCUCAAUUUAGAAGAAGAAUAUUUACAAGAUUACGAAGAACAAGCCGAAAGGAACCAGAGCCACACCCUCAACUUCCACUUUGAGAAUGCCGGUGGCCAGUCGCACCGCAACCACUCUAGGAACGAACACAAUGGCUUCGUGGUCCAGGGAGGACCGUGGGAACAACGCGCCCCGAACACGAACAGCGUCACCGAGUUCCCCUCGUUCGGACGCAACACCGAAGAACCCAGGCAGGCUCCAGUGGCGGGCGCUUGGGGCUCUCGCCGCUAGAUGUCGCACACGGCACUUUUGCUACGAAGGUGAAAUAGUUAGAUGUUUUCUCAACCAACGUUUAAUCUUGCCUAGUUAGAUCUAUUUUAUACCAUUAUUUUCUUAUUCGCAAUCUAGUUUCAAUUGAUUUGAAAUAAAAGAGAACUUUUUAGUGUUUAUAUUACUUGAUUUUGGUCACGAUGAUAUCUCAUCUGUUCUUGUUGCUAUUGAGUUUUUUUAGUGAUGUGCGCAACCUCCUAGGAAUGUUUAAAUGGUUUUUUUCUUCAAGUGCCAUGCGGUGUUAGUAUAAACUCGCCUGUUUUCUGUUUCACCUUUGAAGCUUUAUCAUAACUAAGAAGCACUGCCGGAUGUUUGCAGUCGUAGCAAAGUGUGCUGUAGUUUUAGCCGAUUAUCUUAAAAUUAUUAUAUCUAUCCUUUUCCCUCACUGUUUGCUGCAUUGAAAAAUUAUAGGCCGGGCAAUUCUGGACUCGUUAACGGAAACUGACUUUAAUCAAGACGAAAAACGGAAACAAUAUAUUAUUUCAACAAGAUAUUAAGUCUUCCCUUGACACUUGGGGUUAGACAGGCCUAUUUACGGCCCUAAUUCGUAGAGAAGUUAUGAUCUUUUAUUCAGGUGUUUAUAUUUUAUUGAAUCAAUAAUUAGCUCUUAGGAAUUUGUUUGUAUCUUGGGUUAUUUUUUCAUCUCAAUUGUCACUUUACAAUUUUUUUGAUUUUAUUAUCAAUGAUUUAUCUUCCACUGCUGUUACCUGAAUACAUUUCAUUAUUUAUCUAUAUAUUUGGUUUCAUUUAUUGCAAUCUUUUUUCCAUGUUUAUUGUGAUUCGCACUAUUAGUUGAAUUAUUGAGAUAUAUUUUGAAUUUUAUUGUGAAUUGUGUCAUAACGUCUCUGCCUUUGAGGCUUUGGUGCCUUUCUCAUUUUUAUAUGACCGUAUUGUACUCUGGUUGUAUGAGAUUUUUUGCAUUUUCUGUUUUCCUGUAAAGGUGAAGGAUGACUAUUUUUAUUUAGAGAUAUAUUUAUAUAAAAUGAUGCAGACUGAUUGUGCCGAACAGAUAAUUAUUAAAUCGACACUACUUAAGCAACUUACUGGUUUUUGCUAUUUAUACUGAAUGUAUAUAAUAUUAACGAUUAUAUACUUGAGUCCUUGCGGUCGUUUUUUGUUAGCCCAGGACUACCUGAGGGAGAGAAUAAUAUAUUGAAUUAAUUAAU